GUUGACAUGUUCUGCGACAGUAAAAUCGCUUGAAAUUCGUUGGGUGUAAGGUCGACAUUAGCAUUUCUGAAUCCACAUACCAAUUGGAAUGAUUGCCCAUUCAUGUUCAUGUUUUAGCAUUCCCCUAACAACGUCACACCAACUACCUUGGAUGCCAAACCAACGCCUGAAGUUUUCUUAGUUUCUUUAGAACCUGUAGUCCACCAGGAGUCCACCAGGAGUUCACCUCUGCAUGGGGCUCUGCAAGAACAAAUCACAAGGCUGGGCCUGGAGACAGCCUCUGACGUCAGUAAAAAAGUCCUGGUCAGUUCAGCAUGAUCUCACAGGGGCAGGAAAGUGUCAGGAAAGAGAAGGGCCUUACUCUUACUCUGGCUUUAAUGGUAGCCUCUGCUGCCGUUGGGGGGACAGUGCAAUAUGGCUAUAACCUUGCCAUUAUGAAUGCACCUACUGUUUACAUUCAGAACUUUAUAAAUGAGACGUUUCAGGAGCGUUGGGCAAUACAGUUAGAGGUGUAUGAGAUCACACUUAUAUGGACCUUUAUAGUCUCUAUCUUCUCGCUGGGUGGCCUUACAGGGGCCUUGUUGGCUGGGCCCAUGUCCAUCCACUUUGGCAGGAAGAAGACUAUGUUGCUUAAUAACAUAUUUCUAAUAUCAAGUGCACUGCUGGCAGUGACAAGUCGAGAAGCUCGCUCUUUUGAGAUGAUUAUUAUUUCGAGAUUCCUCGUUGGCAUCAAUGCAGGUGUCAGUAUGAAUGUGCAGCCAAUGUAUUUUGGUGAAAGUGCACCAAAGCACCUACGAGGCGCUGUGUCGCUGUCCUCUGCUGUCUUUACCUCUUUUGGAUUGGUUGUGGGACAAGUUGUUGGUCUCAGGGAACUGUUGGGUUGUGAGUCAUGCUGGCCGUACCUGUUAGCCAGUAAUGCUGUGCCUGGCUUUAUCCAGCUUCUCACACUGCCAUGGUUUCCAGAGAGCCCCCGGUACCUUCUCAUCGACCGUGGAGACAAGAAUGCCUGCCUAAAGGCCCUAAAGCAGCUGCGGGGCUGUGAGGUUGAGAGAGCUGAGCUGGAUGAGAUGCUGCAGGAGAAGGCGGAGGCUGAAGGCCUGAGAGCUCGGCAGCCCUGGGAGCUCUUCACCGACCGCAGCAUUCGCUGGCAACUCAUCUCCGUCGCAGUGCUGAGCAGUGCCAUGCAGCUGUGUGGUAACGACUCGAUUUACUUCUAUGCAUUCUAUAUAUUUCAACAAGCUGGUUUAUCUGCUGAGCACAUCCAGUAUGUGACUAUUGGCACUGGCACAUGUGAAUUCACUGCCUGCAUUCUGAGUAACCUACUUAUAGAACGUCAAGGCAGAAAAGUGCUUUUGAUGGGAGGCUACGCACUUAUGACAGGCUGGGCUGUAGUCUUUACUGUGGCACUUUCAUUUCAGAAUUUAGUGCACUGGAUGCCUUUCAUGAGCAUGGGCUGUGUGUUCACCUAUAUCCUCAGCUUUGGGAUGGGGCCAGCUGGAGUGACUGGAGUUCUCCCUACAGAGAUUUUUAACCAGACAACCCGGCCUGCUGCCUACAUGAUUGCUGGUUCCUUAAUGUGGCUCAAUCUCUUCAUUAUUGGAAUGAUAUUCCCUUUCCUUGUGAGUGGACUGGGCCAGUUCUGCUUUCUGCCGUUUGGCACUGUCUGCCUCAUCACUACAUUGUUUAUUGGAUUUGUUCUACCAGAGACUAAAGGAAAGACGCUGUCCAUGAUCUCAAAUGAGUUCAACAAGCUUAAUUUCCGUCAAAAGGAGACAACAGAAAACAAAAGAAAACAGGCUCACUACCAGCUGGGUGAAGUCUGUCAUUCUACAGCCUUAUAGAUGUUCCACAUAUACAUCUAAGAAUUCUUGAAUAUUUAUCAAAAUGUUUGCACUUUUCUGCUGGAGAAUGAGAGAGCAUCAAACAUGGUCACAUACAGAGCUCAAAGGUAAUCCUGGGAAAACUCUCAUUAUUUUAAAUUUGAUACUCUUGUGGAAGCUGUGCUCUACUGAACAAUAUUAUACUGUAUUAUAAGUUAGCAGUCAAUACUGUUAAGUCCAGCUAAACAACAGUAAACUUGAGAACUAACUUCUAAAUUAAAAAUAGCUUAUAGAGAGUUAAUCUGUUUUGGCAAAUUAACUAUACAGACACACACAGCCACACACAUGCAGUGACACUAAACUUGGUGGUGGCAUGUCAAUGUGUGUUGUGCUGUGUAAGAAUAAUUGCACUUGUUUAAACAAUGUAUUGCAGUAGUGGCAAAAGCAGGACAUACACAAAAACAUUGCCUAUUCUGAAAAAAUGAAAAAAAAAAAAACAGCAGGUCUGGCUGACAGUCAGUUGAGCAACUUACACCAUGCCUUAAAGGACUUCAAGCUGUAAAGCUGUUGUUCUUAAAAAAGAACAGAACUGAACACAAGCAUACACGAUAUUAAAUACUAACCUGAAUAAAGACACUUUUUAAUAAAUAGUUUUAACUGUUUAAGUUAUAAACCUGCUUGUUACGCUGAUUAUUCUAAAUUUAACAGACACAACUAAAUAAGUAAUAGUUUUAGUGUGUGCAAUAAUAAACUAAACAUUUACAGAGUGUACCUAGACUACUUUUAAAAACAGUAAACCUUCAAUGUUGGCAACAGUAAGUGUUGGGUUUUGAGGGAAUCUCUAAAGAUGAGGUGUAAAAUUAUUUAAGAUAUACAAAUGAAUGUUUUUGCAUCUGUUUGAAGGGAACACAAAUGCUUAAAAGUGUUCUUAAUGUGUGGUGUUCUGUUUUGAGGUAUCUUGUUUUGUUUUUGGGUAUGCUUUUCUACAAGCAUUUAUUUUCUAUUACAUUUUACAAGUGUUUAUUUUCUACAGACAUUUUUUUUUCCAAAGGAUUUUGUUUCUAAUACAAUUCUAGUCUACUAUUAUGGAGUAUUGUUUGACAUGUUGCUUGUAACACUUUUGCAUUAAAAUGAUGCAAACUG